GGCGCGAGCUGUGACGUGACGUUGGCGGGCGCGCGCAGCGUGCCUCCCGGAAAGGAGCGGAACCUCCGGGAAGCUGGUGAGCUGGUGGCCGGGAUGCGGUGCGCUCGUGGCCGCCCGCCCCCCCGGAGCCGCGGCCGGCCCAGCAGGGAAGCUCUGGCUCCAUGAAGACUCUAGCUCUCAUUCUGUCUUUGUGCGUGACAAUAGCUGACUCCCACAACAUUGCCUGGUCCGCGGCCUUUCAGUAUGGGAAGGAUCGGCAUUUCCUGUCUCUUUCCUGCUUCUUGGCAUUUUAGCAUCUCUCCAGUGGGCUGUCCUCGAUUCCUAAACACCAGUUUACGCCAGAUCAUCGUCAUUAGCAUCCUGGCUGCAGCUGUGUCCCUUCUGUACUUCUCUGUCGUUAUCAUACGCAGCAAGUAUGGGUGGCUGUCGAAGGACAAGAAAUCUCAAAGGUACUUGGCCCGAGUCACAGACUUUGAGGCUACCGACACCAACAACCCCAACGUGAACUAUGGCAUUGUGGUGGACUGCGGCAGUAGCGGCUCUCGGAUAUUUGUCUAUUGCUGGCCUCGGCACAACGGCAAUCCUCAUGAUCUGCUGGACAUCAGACAGAUGAGGGACAAAAACCGAAAGCCGGUGGUGAUGAAAAUUAAACCUGGCAUCUCAGAAUUUGCUACCUCUCCAGAAAAAGUCAGCGAUUACAUUUCUCCACUUCUGAACUUUGCUGCAGAACAUGUGCCACGGGCAAAACACAAAGAGACCCCUCUCUACAUUCUCUGCACUGCUGGAAUGAGAGUCCUUCCUGAGAGCCAGCAGAAAGCCAUCCUGGAGGACCUUUUGACCGACAUCCCUGUGCACUUUGACUUCCUGUUUUCUGACUCCCAUGCUGAAGUCAUCUCAGGGAAACAAGAAGGUGUGUAUGCUUGGAUUGGCAUCAAUUUUGUCCUCGGACGGUUUGAGCAUAUUGAGGAGGAUGACGAGGCGGUUGUGGAGGUCAACGUUCCUGGCAGUGAGAGCAGUGAGGCCAUCGUUCGGAAAAGGACAGCCGGUAUUCUUGACAUGGGAGGCGUGUCUACUCAGAUAGCGUACGAAGUCCCCAAAACUGUAAGCUUUGCCUCCUCACAGCAGGAGGAAGUAGCUAAAAACUUGUUAGCUGAAUUCAACCUGGGGUGUGAUGUCCACCAGACUGAACAUGUGUACCGAGUCUAUGUGGCCACAUUUCUUGGGUUCGGUGGGAAUGCCGCUCGGCAGAGAUAUGAAGACAAACUGUUUGCCAGCACGGUUCAGAAAAACAGGCUCCUGGGUAAGCAGACUGGCCUGACUCCUGAUGCUCCGUACCUGGACCCCUGCUUGCCUCUUGACAUUAAGGAUGAGAUCCAGCAAAAUGGGCAGACCCUGUACCUCCGGGGGACAGGAGACUUCGACCUGUGUCGGGAGACCCUCCAGCCUUUUAUGAACAAAACCAAUGAGACACAGACUUCCCUCAAUGGAGUCUACCAGCCCCCAAUCCACUUCCAGAACAGCGAAUUCUAUGGGUUCUCUGAAUUCUACUACUGCACUGAGGAUGUCUUGCGAAUGGGAGGAGACUACAAUGCUGCUAUAUUUACCAAAGCUGCCAAGGAUUACUGUGCAACGAAGUGGUCGAUCUUGAGGGAACGCUUUGACCGAGGACUGUAUGCCUCUCACGCUGACCUCCAUCGGCUGAAGUAUCAGUGUUUCAAAUCAGCCUGGAUGUUUGAGGUGUUCCACAGGGGCUUCUCCUUUCCUGUCACCUACAAAAACCUGAAGACAGCCUUGCAGGUGUAUGACAAGGAAGUACAGUGGACUCUGGGGGCGAUCCUCUACAGGACCCGCUUUUUGCCCUUGAGAGACAUCCGGCAGGAGGUGUUCCGGGCUGGCCACGGGCACUGGCGGGGUGUGUCCUUCGUCUACAACCACUAUCUGUUCUCUGGCUGCUUCUUGGUUGUCCUGCUGUCCAUCCUUCUCUACCUGCUUCGGCUGCGGCGCAUCCACCGCAGGGCGCCCCGCACUGGCUCUCUGUGGAUGGAGGAAGGCCUGCCCUCCCAGAAGGGCCCUGGUCCCUUAUGACACAGUGUCAGCUUGAGGAGGACUCUACAGGAAAAGCCAUUUUCGCCUCAGGGUUUCUCUGUAUGCUCAGACGGUUUUGUGACCCCUUUCCUUUCUGUUACAACGAAACCCACUGAUUGUGAACCCUUCUGUCUAGAGUUGUUGCCAUUCUGAGUACAGCUUUAACUGGAGGAGUGGGAAAAGGGAACUCACUUGGUUUGUGCUGCACAGUCUCUGCCACGCAAGGUCCUUGGCUGUCUCUGGGACGGGCUGCAUUGUCAGCGCAUGACUUGGAUAGUGGAGGGCAAUGGGCAAGUUCCCAUCAGCGAGGAUGGGACUUCAGCUGGGCCUGGGAUGGAACCUACAAGUGAGUUAGGUCUUCUCUCUCCUCUCUAAAAUCACAAGCCUGGAAGAGGUGUUUGAGUUUAUUUGUUGCUCAGGUCCGUCACUACCUGUGUUUUCUUUGCAGAUUUAAGAAUUCAGUCAUUCAGGGCCAGAGAGGUGGCUCAGAGGUUAAGAACGCUGACUGUUCUUCCAGAGGUCCUGAGUUCAAUUCCCAGCAACCACAUGGUGGCUCACAGCCAUCUACAGUGAGAUCUGGUGCCCUCUUCUGGCCUGCAGGCAUACAUGCAGACAGAACACUGUGUACAUAAGAAUUCAGUCAUUCAUAGCAAAAAUUGACAAAAUAUCGGCCCAGGGAGGUACUACUGAAUGAAGGGCUGUGACGGAUACGAAGCUCUGAGGAGAGCCUUGUCUGGCUGCAGCUGAAGCACAUGCCUGUGAAUUGCCGUUCUUGUCCCUGGGUUUAGGAAACUGUUGCCCUGUUAUAGCAGCAUUAGGGGUUUUUGUUUGUAUGGUCAUUUGUUUUGUUUGUUUAUUUUUAAAUCAGAAAGUUUUUAAAGUUCCCCUGGUUUAGUGGUCUGAGAACUGGAGUGUCCCCUGCGGGUGCUCCAGCACUUCUGAGAAGCAGGCCUGUGCUGGGCUGCUCUCUUCCACUUUCAAGUUGGCACCCCACCGUUCAGAUGGCUUCAGUGCUUUCUCUGGGACACUCCACCCACUGCGUGACAGUUCUCACUAUAAGCCCAUACCAUGGAAGAGCCUGAAUUUAAAACGAGAAAUAAAUGCAUAUGUUGAAAACCUA